UGACGUUGUUCAAUCAUGGUAGGGAGGGGAAGAGAAGAAAGUGCCAGUAAUCACAAUUAUACACGCAUUUGACGUCUACUUGAAACAGGCAACAUAAGCACUUGGACGGGUAUAUAGGACCAAGCAGCCUUGUCGGGAUCAUGGGCGAGAAUGGCCCUCAAACUGAGACAGCCAUGUUCUUUGAAGAGGACGAGGACGAUGUUGAUAAACUGGGAAGAGAGGACGAGGACGAAUGCAAAAUGGCCAAUUCCAGUAAAGAGGACACGCUGAUUCCCAAGCCCUCGUCGUCCUCAGCACGGGUGUACGAUCGCACUACGGUACUCAUUGAACAGGACCCUAUUCAUCUGGAUGAGGAAGGAGAAGAGGAUGGCCACUGUGGGCCAGAUGACGAUGGUGUGGCGUUUUUGACCGAUGGAGAUGAGGAGGGGACUCUGGCCUUCAUGACGGACCCAGACAGCAUGGCACAGGGCUACGUGCACCACACCAUUUCCCCGGAUCAGAUCCAGUUCAUCAUCAAUCCCGGGUCCACCCCCAUGCCACGCAACAUUGAAGGAGCCACUCUUACGCUGCACUCCGAGUGCCCAGAGACCAAGCAUAGAGAGGUAAAGAGGUACCAGUGCACCUUUGAGGGCUGCACUCGCACUUACAGCACGGCGGGAAACCUGCGCACACAUCAGAAAACACACCGUGGUGAAUACACCUUUGUUUGCAACCAGCAGGGCUGUGGUAAAGCCUUCCUGACCUCCUACAGCCUAAAGAUCCAUGUUCGAGUGCAUACUAAAGAAAAACCAUUUGAGUGUGAUGUACAGGGUUGUGAAAAAGCCUUCAACACACUGUACAGGCUGAAAGCACAUCAGCGACUGCACACGGGGAAAACAUUUAACUGUGAAUCAGAAGGAUGUACAAAGUACUUUACCACUCUCAGUGACCUGAGGAAGCACAUUCGUACUCACACGGGGGAGAAGCCGUUUCGGUGUGACCAUGAUGGCUGUGGUAAAGCUUUCGCUGCUAGUCACCACCUGAAAACACAUGUGCGGACACACACUGGAGAGAAGCCCUUUUUCUGCCCUAGUGAUGGCUGUGAGAAGACAUUUAGUUCACAGUACAGUCUGAAGAGUCACAUUCGGGGCCAUGAUAAGGGCCCUUCAUACCCAAUUAGCUUCAGCCAUCCUCUGUCAGAGGAUGCAAAUCAUUCACUGUGCCUCAGUGAUUUGAGCCUCAUUUCCACAGACUCUGAGCUUCGAGAAAAUAUCAACAAUUCUCAGAACUUGGAUCUGAAUAAUAUCACUCCUGUGAAGAUAUUCGAGUUGAUGUUACAGAGCCCUGAAGACAAUGUUAGUCAAGAUGACCCACAUCCAUCUGACAACCUAGUGGAGGCUUUUGGCUUGGAGACGCCACCGCCUGCAGCAGUGACAGAUUCAUCCACUCUCCUGCCCUUUUCUCAGAUGCCUUCAUCCUCCUCUUCUUCUAGUUCACUCACCACUCCUGUCCUAGAGAACUCCACACAGCCUGGCUCCUCCUCCUGCCAGGCAACAUCCACCAACAACUCCACACACACCUCUCCACAGUCUGCCACUUUCUCCUCUUUCCUCCAUACCUCACUACAAACACCAGAAGUGCCCACUCUAGUUGCACCCGCUGCCACCCAACACUACACCCCAGUGGUGCCCACAGCACCUGACGGCUCCCUACCAGUCUCUGUCCCGACAGUGGCCAGCGUCUCAAGUCCUGCAUCAGCCAUCAGCACAGGAGCAGCUGCAGUAGUAACGCGCACAGUGCCUUUAGCAGGCAGUGCCAAUCUGGCGCCCACACCCACCAUCACCAUUGCUCCUACGCAGGGCCUCAUGCAGCCCAGCCUUGUCAUGUCUGACCAGAAUCUGCAGUGGAUCCUCAGCAGUGCUGCCAAUGCACAGCACAAUCCUGAACAGCAGGGCCCAAAAGUGGAAAAGGUCUUCUUCACAACAGCCAUACCUGUAGGAGGGCAUUCAGGGACCCCUGUGCAGCAGAUUGGCCUUAGUCUCCCAGUCAUCAUCAUUAAGCAGGAAGAGGCAUGCCAAUGUCAGUGUGCCUGCAGAGAUUCAGCUAAAGAAAGGCGCUCCAGUCAGAGCGCUGCCCCCUCACAGCAAAAGCCUAAAGACAUAUCUCCACCACCUCCAACUCCUUCGGUGACACUUGCUGUUUCAGAUUGCUGUUCCACCAAGGUGAGCACUCCUCUUUCCUCUGGCUCCACUCAGACUUUCCACGGUGAGGCAAUGGUGUCCAGUUCUCCCUCAGACAGCCUGGCCAAUGUGGAUGUAGUGGACCUACUCAGCCCUGAAACCACCGCCAACAUUGAGGCACUGCUGAUGGUCGCUGAUGAGUUCUCCUUGGGUGAGGGCAACAGCGACACCACCACCUAGAGGAAGUUGAGGGUUAAACCCCCUCAGUCAUUUCUUUGCAUUGAAUUUUUUUUUUUAUUGGCACCAUUAUUUCUAACGUUAUGCAGUUAAAGUCUGAUUCAUAAGGGUAUCUUGUGUAAACCAGGGGUCAUGUGUGUCAGACAUCCCAGUGUAAGAAGGCUAUGAUCUAUGAUCAGCUUUGGCCUUACUUGUUAUAUAAAACAUGAUCUUCCGGACAUGGGCUGCUUAAUACAUGUGAAUUUUUAGCUAGUAUUUUACUCACAGUGCACUCUGAUUAAUUCAGAUCUGUGCUAUUUGUGCACUUUCAGAUUAUGGAAAUGUCCCUACUGAAAACAGAGGUUUGUAAUAGCCAUUUGUUUGAAGUUGCUUCACUGUUUGCACUGUAUAAUAAUUGUCCUACCAGACAUUCUCAUGAUGUGCUAUGGUCUAUUCAGCCGACUCUAACAGUCCCUGUAGCAUAUCAGAGAAAGGGAGUAUACGGACUAAAAAAAACAUUUGGACAUGUGGCUGUGGUUGAAAAUGCAAAGAAUCAAAUAAUUACUAUCUACUAACUCAGAUUUUUUUUUUAAAAAAAACUUGAGCAAUAUUAUAAAUCCUAAUUAUUCAGAUGGUAACAUUUUGUUAUGAAUCAAGUUACUUAGCCUAGUUUGGAAUAGAAUAGGAAAUUUUAUAAGGUACAGGCCAGUCAUAGAUUGACAAGAACUCAAUGCACUGAGAACUAUCCACCAAGAACCAAAUGUUGACCAGUCACACUGAAAAUAGAAAAAUGAAAUAUUGUUCACGUCAUUCACCAGAAUGUACUGCAUGUAAGCGUAAUUGGUAUAUCGGGCCCCCUGGAUAGAUAAUAAAGCCCUUUCAGGCUGCAGUCAUUCAAAUCCAGGACUUGCCAUGUGCUAUGAAAAGUAUUUUAUGUGUAAUUUAUUUAGGAAGUCUACAGUAGCCCAUGAAAUGUGAUUCUAAAGUAUCUUGAAGCAGUUUCUGUCAACAGAAAUGACUUGCUUUUAAGUGUAAAUGAUAGGUGUUUGUGGUUGGCUGCCUGUAACAUUAAUUUAAUUUUUAGAUGUUAAUUUAUUAAAAUCCUUUCUAUCAUUAAAUCAAUGCAGUACAUAUUUUCGAUAAAAUAGCCUACUUUUUAACUUGGUGGACCAAGUUAUUUUCUUCGUCUUUGUUUGUUUGGUGGUGUCAGCCACUUUUUCUUCUUCUUCUUGCCUUUAGGUUGCAGGUCAGGCUGGGUAAUUUCCAGCCUUGUUGCUGCUUUGUUGUUACUGAAAUGAUUUCGGCCUCUGACCUUUCUUCCUUUAUUUAGACCCAUGUAAGUCUCACUGUCGUGGCCUGCUCAGGGAUAUAGAAAAUCAAAGCAGAGGUAUACAGUCUGUCCCUGAAAAUACAUACAAAUGGCAGCAGAACUGUAAGAGCUUGAGCUGUUGUGUAAUACAUGCGUGUUGUGCAUUACCAAGCCAAGGUUUAGAUAAUCAAGAGAAUGUCUAGUUAACUUCCCUGCACCAGUAAGCCAGUUUAUACACCACUGCUGUAGAGGUUUUAAUAAGUUUAUUAUAAUGUAAAUGUUGUGUGUUUUGAAAUUACAAAAUGUUUAAGCCCUUCGAUUGUAUUUGUAUUUUUGUAUAGAACUAUGUGGGGUAAUCACACUUUGGGUUUGACGUGGAGGACAUGACACUGCACUGCCUGUUUCCUUUGCAACCCACCCGUCACCAAUUCACCAUGCAGUAGAUUUUGGAAUGUAUAUGUAUUUUUUUUUCCCUGGGGCAGGGGGGGCACCUGGGUUAAUACAGGAAAUACACAAACAUAUUGUGCACUGUGGCAUGGAAUGGCUACUGUAUUUAUUACCCACAUUCAGGAAACUGCCUUACAGUUUUGAUACAGUGUAGCUUUUGGGCUGCUACUUUUUUUUUUUAUGAAAGGACUUGCAACAAAACUUCACAAACUGUGACAAACUAUUUCUCAUUACAUGACAUUAAGGAUGAGAAAUUUGGCUAAAUGUCACCUAAAUUUGAUUAAGGACUUUUUCAGCCAGUUAUUUUUUAGUCAUAAUACACACUGUCACAGUUUAACACAGACAGUUUCUGACCUUUUCAAAAUUUAUGAAGAACCUACAGCUAUUAAAGUCUUUGCACGUCCGUGUGCUGGUUUAUUAUUUUAUAUUAUUUAGUGUUCACAUUGUAUUUGGAAAAAUUCAAACAUUCGAUUGCAAGAUUUUACAUGAUCAGCAUAAUGAAAAGGCUGCUUUUGUCACUACUCAAAUGGGGUCCAAUAACAGGAAUGAUUUGAAAUCAUAAGGUUUUGUGUUGUACUGUUUUGUAAAAUUAGUCAAGGCAGAGUGAGCACUAAUUUUGGCCAAACCAUUGUAGAAUUAAUCUAUGCAAAAAAAAAAAAAAAAAAAAUUUUUUUUUUUUUUUUUUAAAUGUUGGUGUAUUUUAUGAACCCAGAUCCCUCAACCAAACCUCAGCUCCCUUUGUAAAUACUGAGUGAAAGAACACCUUGCUUCAGUAUUUAAUUGUCGUUAUGCAAGUUACCACUAGUGCAAAUCAACUCUGUUAAGUUGAAAUUAAUAUGUAAAUAUACUACACAAGCCUUGCUACUGGGAGCAGGAAUAUCUGGUCAUUAAAGGAGACCUACUUUAGUCAACAGCUAUAUUUGAAGCUUGUUAUUUAACAUGACUGACUUGUGUAUGGGCAUUGUAAUCUUUUAACAGUCAUCCUUCCACUGAAAGUUUGAGGUGCCCCAACAUUAUUGCAUGUUAUCCAAAGGGGAAAUGUCUUCCCCCCCCCUAAGUAAUACAAUUCUGUUGUAAGAAUUGUAAUUGUCCAUGGGUUUUUUCCCCCUCCUCUUUAAUUUUGGUUUCAACAGGUUUUUCCCUCAACACUGGAAUCCAGUGAGUCAACAAAGCUUACUCAGUAUACUCCAUUUUAUCCUAAAUUAUUAUUUAACUGUGAGAUCAGUUAUUUCACAUAGGAAUGGGUCAAUUACAAUAAACUGCCAAGUUCAUCUUUCAGUUCUCAUAUUAGAUGUUUAAUACAGACUGCUGUGUAUUUUAGAUACUAAUUUUCUCCCAAAUCUCAAUUUGCUUAGAUUGUGAAGUUAACCUUGUUUUCCAGAUAAAAGCAGAACAUUGUAGCAUGCAGUUGGUUGUAAAAAAGUUUUUAAAAAUAAAAAUAUCAGAGCAAACUUUAAAGGGUGACAAGAUAGGGAGACAAAAAUGCUUCCAACAGCCUGCUUUUGAUACCCAAAGUGUGAGGACAAAAUAUAAAGGAUCUGUAUUUUUAACGAAUGUACAAUGUGAAAAUGCUCUCAUAUGCUUGUUUUGUAUAAAGUAUUAUGGCAAAGUACUAACUUUUUGAACUAAAUUAAGCAAUAUAUCAGUGAAAUCUUCACAGGCUUGUCUCCAUUAUUUGUACAUUUCACGUCAUUUUAUUCGUUAUUUACAUAAAAGUCUCGACUUAAAUUAUUGAUCAUAGUGUAAAGUCAGCUUGAUUAGUUUGUUCCUGAAAUGAUGCGUCACAAAGGCCUUUUUCCUGCAAAUAAACACACAUUAAAGUAGUCAGCUGGUCCGGCAAUCAAACUACAUUCAUAUAGAUUGGGGUACAGUUUACCUUUACUUUUCUCCGGAUAGUUAAGAGA